AUGCUACGAAGGGGACCUCUUGUUUGGAUCAGAUUCAAGUCUUCAUUCUCUCAAGAAGAAGUAGAAGCCGCUCGAAAAUGGCUUGACGUGGCUGAAACUAAGAUUCCUCGCCGAAUUUUCGAUAUCACCUAUAGCAGGUCCUCAGGACCUGGAGGCCAAAAGGUGAACAAGACGUCCUCAAAGGCUACAGUAGCGCUAGAGCCAUGGAAGUGGCUCAAUCCUCAGUUCUGCUACUGGAUUCCUAAGCCUAUUCUCGAACAAUUGAACGAAAAGAAGAUUCGCUACCACACUAAGCUGGGAGGUUUGCUUAUUCAGAGUGACAAAACGAGAAAUCGUGAGGAUAACACCGACGAGUGCUUCAUGAAGCUUGCUGAAGAGAUCAGGAACAACGUGUAUUUCGAAAGUGAAGCCAGCGAGGAGGAUAAGUUGAAAUGGGAAGAGUUGGCCAAGGUAAGCAAAGAGAGGAGGAUGUUGCAGAAGAAGAAGCAGUCAGAGAAGAGAAAAAUGCGCCCAAAGAACUUUGACUACUGA